AUGUCAAUCGCGAAUAACUUCUCUAUGCAUAACCAAACGAAAACACUUAUUCUUGACAACAUCGAUGCUAAAUAUAUCGAGAAUAUUCUUCGUGACAUUGCUUCUUUGUCAAGUCUUUCGUCAUUAGUGAUCAUCACCUGUGAUUCUGUUAAAGAUGUUAACCAUGAUCUUCUACAAAUAUUUCGUUUACGAGCAUUGAAAUACUGUAAACUAUCUUUGCACAGUUCUUUUCAUCAUACGAGUGAAGACUUACCGAUGGCUACCGGUGAUUUCAGUCGUAUUGAACAACUAGUUAUUAAACACAAUAUAUCUUUCAAUGAAAUGCAGAGGUUAUUAUCAUAUGUUCCACAACUUCGCCGUUUAUCACUUCAUAAUUUGUCUGCGUCUGGUACGAAAGAAUGGGAGCGACCAGUUUCAUUAAUCAAUCUAACACAUUUGUACGCCCAGCUAAGCUGUGUUAAGUUCCAUGAUUUUGAACUGUUGAUAAAAGCUUUGUUUCGCUCAAUUAAAGUUUUAUAUGUUUCGUAUGUCAAUAACAAUGAGUAUCUGAACGCUAAACGAUGGGAAGAUCUAAUCUCAUCUUCAAUGCCAUGUUUAUGUGUUUUUGGUAUUUACAUGUCUGUGAAAAUUAACCAACCGUUUCGAUCAGAAUUUGAUGAGUUUAAAUCUUCGUUCUGGCUACAACGAGGAUGGUGUUUUGAGCAUCAAGAUCACUACAAUGAUAAACGUGGUUAUUAUGAAACCACAUUUUAUUCGACACGGCCUUAUAGACGAAAAGAGUAUAUAUUAAGAUACAGAACGAAUGAAGAAACGGAUUUCGAUGAUGGGGUGAAAAGAAAUGAAAAUGCCGUUCGUCACAUUUAUAUUCUCAAUGAAGAAGCAAUGGACAAUUAUGGGCUCAUCGAUAGUUUACAUCAUAUGAUUUCAUUGAAAAAUCUUACUAAAUUACAUUUACGUGUUAGUUUUUCUUAUCGUCAACUCGAAAAAUUGAUUGAAUUGUUAUCAUUGACAGUGAAUCUUGAAACAUUAGAACUUUCAAGAGUUUCUAUAGGUGCAAAUCGUCACCAAUCACUUCAAGAUAGUGAAAAAUUUCGAUCAGUCUCCACUACAAAUACUGUUAAAAAUGUGAUACUCAGACGGGCAAUAGAUAUGGAUGAAGUCGAACUAUUGUUGAAUUUAUGUCGUCGAGUACAACGUUUCGAGAUCAACAGUCGUUGUAUGCAUACUGCAAAUGUAGCACGAUUACUGACGCGUAGACAUCAUGCAGAGAAUCCAUGUUUAGUAUUCAUCUCCAUGACAGUUGUUGAUGUGAAAUACUUAGAACAACUGAAGAAAAAAAUUGAUCAAGGAAGCUUAUUAAAUCAAAGUUUACAGGAACGUUUUCAUACCGAUCCACAAAACGGUUUAGCUUCGAAAACAAUCUCCGAUGCUCGUGAUCAAUAUGGUGAUAACAAAUUAACACCGGCGAAAAAACCGAACUACAUUUGGCUCUUGUUCAAAGAAUUGUGUUUAUGGAAAUUAAUUCGUUGGGAAUCGUUCUAUUCGCUGUUUGUAACUUGCAAUUCGACUUUGAAUGUUUAUCAGCAGUUGAAAUCCAUCAAGAUUGUGAGUUCAUUCUCGAAUUUAUUGUCAACGAUGGCGACUGUUCGACGUGAUGGAGAGGAACAACAAAUCGAUGUCAAAGUGAUUGUUCCGGGUGACAUUAUUACAAUUAAAAUGGGAGAAAGACUACCGACGGAUUGUCGAUUUAUCUCAUGUGAUGAUUUGAAAAGUGCCUGGUUAAAUCAAUCUCAUUGCGGAUUUAUUUCUUAUAAUGAAAAUAUUAUCAAUUCAAUUGGAAUGAUCGUUGGGUUUCUACCAAUGGGUUUACCGUCUGUAGUUACACUCGUUCUAACAACUGUGACGAAACAGAUGCAUCGACAAUGUGUGUUGGUGAAGAGUUUACAGAUCGUUGAUACAUUUAAUUCAGUUUCUAUCAUUGCAACGGACGGAACUGAUACAUUGACACAGCUCUUAUGGAAUAAAGAAGAAAAUUAUGAGAAAAAGUCGAAUGAAAUUGUUCAAGAUCUCGUAAUCUGUGCCACACUUUGUAACAAUGCUGAAAAGCAAACGGUUCAAGGCAAAAACGAAUCCGAAAACUAUCGAAGAAACUCGGAAGAAAAAUGCUCGUUUACAUGUUUUACCACUCAAUUCAUCGAUCAAAUUCAUGAUCACCGCGAAUCAAGUCGAAUCUUCGGUGUUAAUCAUUAUGAAAGGCGCACCGGACAUCGUUAUUCAACAUAUAAAACCAAUGAAAAUCAGGUGGCAACAUUAGAUGAUGAAAUGAAACAAGUUUUAGGUAAUUGUCAAGAAAAACUAGAUGAAAACGGUUAUCGGGUUAUUGCCAUGCGUCAACAAAAGCUAAGUCAAGAGGAAUACGAAGGAGCUAAUCAAUCGUCGGAAGAUCUUGAUGGAUUUCCGAGUGAAAACUAUUGUUUCCUCGGACUUUUCUCGUUACUUGAUCCACCGCGAGAUGAAGUUCCGCGUGCAGUGUUGAAAGCUCGACAAACUCAAAUUCGUAUCGCCAUGGUCACUGGUGAUCAUCCAACAACAGCGAAAGCGAUUGCAAAACAAGUGACUAUUCUUUCUUCAGAAAUUAUUGUUGACAACGGAAUCAACACGAUCGAAGUCGAAAAUGAUUCGAUGAUGAAGCAUCGACACCGUGCUGCUUUUCAUGUCGAAAUCAAUCUAAAGAUUCUAUCAAAACCAUCGAUCCAACAACGAAAUUGA